AUGAACACAGGCCGCAUCAUCCUCGGUGCUGAAUGGAGGGGCGGUGCCAGGGUCAGAGGCCUACGGCACGACACUGUCCCUUUGCUGUUGCUGGUGAUGCGCAGAGGGGCUGAGAGUAACGGUGUCGCGAAUAACAUCUUCGUACGACCACCAGGAGGACGCGUUAAGCGUUGGGUUUGUUCUCAAGAGAGUUGCCACAUGGCGACGUCGCCGUUCCUCGGCAAGUGUGUAAUUCGCUCCUCCCGCCUUGACCCAUUUCGCACGACAGCGCGGAAGAAUGUCGCGCGCAAUCAACAGACGCACUGCCGCAUCGGGUCUCAUUUCCUGCGGCAUCUCCACUAUGGACGGCGACACCUGUUCUUCUUCCGCCCCGUACUCGGCAGUUUUCUCUCCCAGAGACGUUGCGUACGCAGACGAGGAAUGCGGCGGCGGUGCGAGUUCCGACAGCAAUUAGACGGUGUUGAAGAGGAACAGCAGGAGACCCACUGCAACACAACUCACGACGACCUCAUGCCUCCGCAUCUUCCGCUGCUGACGAGGACGCAUCCUCCCACCCCAGAUGGCGAGGGAGGUGCGGGGACGGGGAGGAGGUGGGGUCAGCCACCGCCUCUACCGGGAACGCAAGCAAGCAAGCAAGCAAGCAAAAAAAAAAAAGAGUAA